UACAAUUUCAAUUGUUUAGUUGUUCUUUCUAAUGAUUUAUAAUUAAUGUGAUGUUAAUCAUUGUGAGUUUCAAUUGAUUCCAAAUUGAAACAAUUUACUAAUCAUGAAUUGAAAGGAAAUUGCCACGGAUACAAUUCUUGGAUUAACCUUUUUUUUGGUGAUCUCUCUUCAAACUGGUUCUCCAUCUUGGAUUUUUUUUCUUCUUCUCUUUUUCUUAUCUUAUGAGUAACCUUAUCAAAGUGACCAAUUGACCUAUUGUCCAUUUAGAUUGUCAGCUACUUGUACAUCUCAAGUGUCUAAUUACUUCUCCAAUUAACCUGUGGUAUAGAAAAUAUCAAAACAGAUUCUUUGGAUCAAGAGGAGUAACAAUAUGAAUGAUUCGUCAUCAAAUGGUAAUGAUUCCUCGGAAAUUGACAAGAUUGUCCAAGAUGCUAAGGAGCUUUAUGAACGGUUAAUUGUUGAUGAAGAAACAGCCAAUGAGUUGCUAUGUAAAGCCAAUUUUAUCAACAACUCGGCGGUCACAAUGUUAGAGUACCAAGAUAUUAUCGAGAAAUUAGAGCAAGACAAUAAUGAUGAUACAACUCAAGUUUCAUCUAUUGUUACCGAAAGUCAACAAUUAAAUCGUCUAAGGAAUGAAAAUGCUCAAUUAAAAGUAGCUCUUGAAGAUCAUCAAUUUGCUUUGGAAUUGAUUAUGAGUAAAUAUCGACAGCAAGUGUGUAAAUUUUUAAAUUACCAUAGUAAUCAAAAGAUACCCACAGUUAAAUCAAGUUGUGAUUCGUCUACGGUGUUAAAUUUAUCGUCACAAAUUAAGGAGAUGGCACAAUUAAUGAUGGAUUCCAUUGAGAAUGAUGAAAACAAUCAAAUGGCUCGUGAUAAAAUCAUCUCACAAUUAACCAUUGAGAAUGAAACUCUAAGGGAGUUGGUUAAAAUUGCUCUUGAAUUUCAAUCAAUCAAGAAGGAGGAUGUUCCAAGUGAUAUAUUAGUGAAUAUCCGAUAAUCUUGAUCCAAUUAAUUAUAUUCACUGAUUGUCAAUCAUUUAUUCAAAUCAAAUCAAACAAAUUAUUACAUCUUUUUAUGGAAAAUGGCAAAAAUUGAAACCAAACUAAUCAAUCCUAUUGUAUCUCGUUGGAUUGUUUAGUCAAAACAAAUUGUAAUUAAUUGAUUGUAACAAUAAUUUUUUUUAUAAUCACCUAAUCGAAAGGCUUAAUUGUAAAAGAUAUGAACGGAUAGUUGACCGAUCGAUUGGUCAGCUAGUUCCUUUUGUGAAUUAAAAAAAAAGCUUAAUUUUAGAAAUUUAA